AUGACUACCCUCGACCCAGCCACCGGCCGUCCCUUGGCCGACUCUGCCAUCCAGCGAGUCCUGUUCAUCUGUCCACGCGUCCAUGUCUACCAAAUCCCCCCUCUCACCUCCAACAAGGGCUUCUCCGCUGGCUCAUGGACCGCUCCUCCACGCCCAACUGCUCAGAUGAUUUUCACCGCUCGCCUGCGCAUCAUCGAGACAUCGCUAUCAAACCAGAUCAAGACCGACAUCGUGCUCGAGGACCCCAAGACUGGUGACCUGUUCGCCGCUGCCCCUUACACGUCGCCUGCUGUAGUCGAGCAGGCCAACGACAGCAGUCGCUUUUUCGCUGUCCGCGUCGUCGGCGAAGGCGGUAUGAAGGCAACCCUGGGCAUGGGCUUCGAGGAGAGACCUGACGCCUUCGACUUCAGCAUCACACUGUCCGAAGCUAGAAAACUGCUCGGCAUGCAUCAGAACGUCGCUCCCGGUCAGGCACAACCCCAACACAUGAGCAGAAAAACAGUAGAAGAGCCCAAGAAAGAUUUCAGUCUGAAGGCCGGGGAGAGCAUCCACGUUGAGAUUGGAAGCCGUGGCAGAAGGCAACAGCUAUCAAGUGCUCCAUCCAACGACAAUGGCAGCGCUCUCUUUUCCAUCCGCCCUCCGCCUCCGCCCGCUUCUGGAGACGACUUUGCACUUGCUUCCCUUGCUCCUCCACCGUCAGCUGCUCACGUCAAGGCCGCGUCCAAGAGUCCUUCUCCCGCAAGGCAACAGUCGCAAUAUCAAUCCCAGCAGAAUCACAACCAGCCUUCAGCCCAAGACCUAGGCUUCGACGAUGGCGAGUUUGGCGAGUUCCAAUGA